CUUGUGCAACCUGAUGACAGUAACAGCUACAGGAUCUCUGGCAUCCUUGACUUCGGGGACAUGAACAGUGGCUACUACAUCCAUGAAUUGGCCAUCACCAUCAUGUACAUGAUGACAGAACACCCUAAUCCCAUUGAGGAAACAAUAUUCAGCAGUAAUGGCAGCUCAGCAUGUCAAGCCCAACUUCAGUCAGCCUCAGGUGGCUGAGUUGGUGAAAAGGCUCUUUGGGCUCACCCCAUCAGAAAUCCGCCCACUGCCGAGCUAUGAUGACCAGAACUUUUAUGUGGCAGCAGGUGAAGGUGGCGAGUUCGUCUUGAAGAUCAUGAACUCAGAGGACAGUAAGGAACCCAAGCUAAUUGAGAUGCAGACAUAUGCUAUGUCCUUCCUGCAACAGAACGGACUUCCUGCCCAAACGGCCCUGCCCACAACCUCAGGACAGCUCAUGAGCCUUGAGGAAAUGGACUGCGGCUAUGGCUGUCAGAAGUACCUGGUGCGCCUGUUGACUUAUCUUCCGGGAACAACUAUUUCUGAGGUUCCUCUAACUCCUCAUUUACUGUAUGAAACAGGCCAGACAGCAGCCAGAAUAGACCAAAUUCUACAGAAGAUGGAACACCCUCAUCUUGAAGUACUACAGAGAGACAAUUUCAACGGGAGCCUGUCAUAUAUACCACUCUUGGAAAAAUGCACCAAUCUGUUGGAUGGAGAUCCUCUACAGGAAGUUAUAAACUCUGUCAUACAUCAGUUUAAGACCAUUGUGAUCUCUAAACAGCCUAAUUUCCGGAAGUGUGAGUAUGAUAUUUACUAAAUAGAUUCUCCUCUACUCUAUUAUAAUUAUUGAUGAUUAAAUACUUGAUUUUGAUUGGCUGCUUUUGAACCUGGUUAUGGGUGUUUAUAGUGUUACUCUGGCUCUCAAGCUUCACAAGCCAAAUAGAGUUAUGGCUUGUAUAAAAAGGUUUUGAUAAGAGCUACAGUCCUAUAAAUUCAAUAAACAUCCCACAAAAGCUGGAAUUUGUUGUGAUAAAUGAGUCUGUCAUUUGACACUAAAAUCAAUUAAAAAAAAAAUUCUCUAAAGAUUGUAGUAGGUUUAGCUAUUGUUUAGAACAGGGGUUCUCAAAGUUUUGAUAGCUGAGGGCCAAUUUAGGAACCCAACGUUGGACUGAGGACCGCCCAAGGAAAAAAAAAAAACAUAAAAAAAAAAAAAAAAAUCCCAUUUGUAAUCAUUUUAAUGACCAGAUUGCAUCUCUACAGUUUACAUUUAUUGGUUUGCAUCCAGUUAUGUGCAAUAAACACAUUUUGAUUAAUAAAUGAGGCUAAACCUGGCAAAACUUGACAAAACCUUGAGAAAACCUUGAGAAACAUUGUAAUGCACACAAAAUACCUGGGGUUGUCUGCCCUCUACAGUCAAAUUGGGGAUAUAACAGUCCUGUGUGCAUUCCAUUUCAGAAUAUAUGUUAAAACUUAUUUAGAACAGUCAGUCUCAGGUUUAGAAGGUUGUGUGUUUUUUGUGUUUCUUUUUUCUCCCUUUGUUGCAAGCUGGUGGGAGUGGCUUAGAGGCACUGAGGCUCCUCAGUUACUCAACUACAACUCAUUGGAAGCAAUUAGCUCCUGCUUAUAUUCACCUGACUGAAGCUUAGAGGGUGCCAGAGUAUGCUAUCAUCCAGUGUAAUAACAGGUUCAACCUCAAGCUUUGUCUUUGAGGACUUUUGUGAUUUUUGUAAUGUUUCCUUGGAGAUUAUAACCUCUUUUGUGCUCCUUUCUCCAGUCUAGACUCCCAGUGCCACUCCCAUGCUGUCAGCCCUAGAUCUGCUCUUUGUGUAAACAAAUCAACUCCUACCUACAACCCCCAAAAAAUAAUUUACUAAAACUAUAUUUAUUUUGGUGCAAUAUUUUACCAGUAUAAGUUUAUUGUGAAAUAUUGAGAAAAGCAGCAAGACAUUGAAACUGUUAGUUACAGCUAAUUUAUACUCUUCAAUUUAUGUUUAUUAUGGCUAUGUAUUGAGGAUGUUUCUCUCAUUUUGCUCAAGCCAGAUUUGAUAGUGAAAUGCAUUAAAAUAAAAAACAUUGUGAUUUAUUUUUUUUCUUACAGCUAAUGUUGACUGUGGUUAAUCAGGAUUCUUCCCUAUUCAGUGUUCAUGAUCUGGACUCUAUGGGCCCCCAAAUUUUCUGCAUAUUCCUCCUUUUUGUGUGAACUCUUAAGCAAGACACCUUUCAUCCUCUUUGACACUAUGUAUUCUGUCUGCAUAUCUAGCAGAGACUAGAUAAUGCAAGUUGGCUCCAUUUGAACAACUAAAUGUCUUUUUUUUUUUUUUUUUUUUUUUUU